AUGCAAGCAGUAAAGGAGAAGAUUAGCAACAUGAGCAGCAGCCCCAAGAAGCAUGUCAACAUCGGCAAAUUGGAGAAAGCAACGGCAACGACAGAAGAUGAGAAGGAGUUGGCUCAUGAACGUAGAAAGGCCAAGGAAGCUCGAGCAAUGAUGGAACAGCAUCAGGAUAAGGUCAAGCACUUGGAAGAGAUGUUGACGCCUAAACAACCCCAAUAUCUCCCUGGCUAUGGCUAUGAUCUUGACCAUGACCCGGCACUUCAACCCGAACAAACCACGGCUCCUCCCUAUCAUCUUACGGCUCAUCCUCCACCUCACAAGCAUUCAUAA